CCCAUCAAUGCCUUUGAACUCUCCAACGGAGGAGGACUAUUUGGGAGUCUAUAGCAUCAUGUUUUGGACUCUCACUCUCAUUGGUGUAGUCAAAUAUAGCGGCAUAGCUCUUAAGGCUGAUGAUCAUGGCGAAGAACAAUACAAGUGGGGAGCUGAAGUCCUGCCUACCUGUCCUUUGUGCGCGUUCUCUUGUAGAGAAACCUUAUAUAUUAUUGGGUCUCACUUGGAAAAUGAAUUUCGAUAUUUUGGUGUGCACAUAUGGAGUUUGAAACAAAAAAUUAACGAUUUUAUUAUUCUAGAGUUGGAAUUUGCAUAAAAUCUUUAUCACUUGCUGAAUUCAGGAACUGUGCAGGUACAAAUAUAAUAUUACUCAGAUCUAAAUGGAUUCUGAUCAUCUGGCCACAAAAAUAUGUGCUUACAGUUUCGCGUUAAUGAUUUGUUUAAUCUCCUAGCUUUUCAGUGCCUUAGGUUGGCAUGCAAGAGGGCUUAAUUCUUUCCCUGUGCAACUAUAAAAACUGCUGAAUGCAUGUGUUUUCUUCAAUUCAAUUCUUAAUUCAUGAGACAGGAAGCUAAACUAGUUGCUAGAAGCAAAGUAUCCUGAAGUUAUGAUAACUGAUACCACUUCAGGUGGAACAUUUGCCUUGUACUCCCUGCUCUGCAGAAAUAUAAAUAUUGGAAUCCUUUCUUCCAAACAUGUAAAAUCAAAUGCAAGUUUCUCAAUCUCUGCCUUGCAAGGAGGCACUGAGAAUAAGUGUAGGCUUGGGAAAUUUUUUGAAAGCAGCAUUGUUUCCAGAAGGUUGCUACUUUUCAUUGCUAUGUUGGGAACAUGUAUGCUAAUUGGAGAUGGGAUACUUACGCCUGCAAUCUCAGUGUUGUCUGCAAUGGAUGGAAUAAGAGCACCAUUUCCUGCUGUCAAGAAAUCUUUGGUGGAAGCUCUCUCUGCGAUCGUUCUGGUUGUUCUGUUUCUAUUACAAAAGUUUGGCACCUCACGAGUUAGUUUUCUCUUUUCCCCUAUUAUGGGUGCAUGGACCCUAUGUACCCCACUAGUGGGGAUUUAUAGCAUUAUACGACAUUAUCCUAGCAUUUUCAAAGCUAUAUCACCACACUACAUAGUUAACUAUUUUUGGAGAAAUGGAAAGAAUGGGUGGCUGUCGCUUGGUGGCACUAUUCUCUGUAUUACAGGCUCAGAGGCAAUGUUUGCAGACCUUGGUCAUUUUAACAGGACUUCUAUUCAGCUGGCUUUUCUAUUUACAAUAUAUCCAUCACUUGUUCUGACAUAUGCGGGGCAAACAGCAUACCUUAUUAGGAACCCUAAUGAUCACAAAGAUGGAUUUUAUAAGUUUAUACCUGGAACAAUUUAUUGGCCGAUCUUUGUGAUUGCCACAUUGGCUGCAAUUGUGGCAAGCCAGUCACUUAUAUCAGCCACCUUUUCUGUCAUCAAGCAAUCUGUUGUACUGGACUAUUUCCCUCGGGUUAAGGUGGUGCAUACAUCUUCUAAAAAAGAGGGUGAAGUUUACUCCCCAGAAGUCAAUUACAUCCUAAUGAUCCUUUGCGUUGCUGUUAUACUUAUUUUUGGAGAUGGACAAGACAUUGGAAAUGCUUUCGGUGUUGUUGUUAGCCUGGUAAUGCUUAUUACCACGCUAUUACUGACACUAGUCAUGAUCAUAAUAUGGAGGACUCCACCAUUGCUGGUUGCACUUUACUUUUUUGUAUUUUUUACAAUGGAAGGUGUUUAUGUCAGCGCAGUUUUAACUAAAAUACCUGAGGGUGGUUGGAUUCCAUUUGCCAUAUCUUUUUUUCUUGCUUUUAUCAUGUUUGGCUGGUUCUAUGGGAGGCAGAGAAAGAUAGAUUACGAGUUAACUCACAAGAUAGACAUGGAAAGACUUGGACUACUAUUGUCCACUCCAGGCGUUCAGCGAGUUCCCGGAUUGUGUUUCUUUUACACCAACAUUCAAGAUGGUCUGACUCCUAUGCUUGGACAUUAUGUUAAAAACAUGAAAUCUCUUCACAAAGUAACUAUUUUCACCACACUUCGAUACUUGUUGGUUCCAAAGGUUGCUACGCAUGAGAGGAUUGUUAUCAACAAAUUGGGACUCAAAGGAAUUUAUGGGUGUGUGAUUCAAUAUGGCUAUGCAGAUUUUCUAAAUCUUAAAGGAGAUGACUUUGUAAGCGAAGUUACCAACAGCUUGCGGGAGCAUAUACAAAACUGUAGAAUCUCUUUACCAUCUGAUCCUCAAGAGGUUCAUGAAGAGAUUUCUGCCUUUGAAGAGGCAAAGCUGGCUGGUGUAGUUCACAUUCGUGGGAAGACAAGAUUUUAUAUAGGUGACAACUGCAGCUGGUUUGACAGAAUGAUGCUUGCAUUUUAUGAAGUCUUGCACAGCAAUUGUAGAUCUGCACUGCCAGCUCUCGGUGUGCCACCAACACAGCGUAUCGAGGUUGGAAUGCUAUAUGAAGCUUGAAAUGAUAGGUUAUCAUGGACAUUAUACGUUUCUAUAUGAGUUGUACACACACAGAAAACAUCAUGGAAGAGGGGAAUUACUCAAAACGCACUAAAAAGGGUGAUCACAUGUAUAAAGCAUUCCCUAGUUGUAGGAUCGCAAGGGUUGAUAACUUGAUGUACACAACUUAAGGCAAAGAGGUUGUUUCGUGGCUUGUAUUUGUGACCUUCAAGUCACAAGUUGAGGUAAGUUAAUCAUUAUAAAGUUACCCUCUUAGACAAAGUGCAAUAGGGCAUUUACUUUUUGUAAGUGGUCUUUUCUUUGCAGUUGUGAGUCGUAAUAAAUAUAACACUUGGUUUA